CCUGGCAUAUGAUCCCCAACAACACAUCCCAGGAUCCCAUUCCAAAACAUUCACUGUCACUGAGCAGCAGCAAUGACUGAGAUUUUGGAGGAGCGGCCUUUCGGCUCGAAGUAUACCAACGUCUAUCUCUCGAUUUUUGUCCUUUUUUGCUUCAAAUUAUUUGUCAAGAUCAGUUUAAACAUACUGACCCACUUCUAUGUGGUUAAAGGAAACCGUAAGGAGGCGGCCCGGAUCGCAGCUGAGUUUUAUGAUUUUGGCCAAGGGCACAGUUCAUGGGCGGAUCGUUCCCCACUCCAUGAAGCUGCGUGUCAGGGUCGACUUCUGGCGCUUAAGACUCUUCUCUCACAGGGUUACAGUGCAAAUAUCAUCACCAUUGAUCAUGUGACUCCACUGCACGAAGCUUGUCUGGGAGAUCACGUAGCAUGUGCCAGGGCUCUCAUUGAAGCUGGUGCCAGUGUGAAUGCCACGACCAUUGAUGGCGUGACCCCAUUGUUUAACGCCUGCUCAGCAGGAAGUGUCACCUGCACAGAGGUGCUUUUGGAACAUGGAGCAAAACCACAGGCAGAAGCGUGCCAGCCUUCACCGAUUCAUGAGGCCUCCAGAAAAGGCCGAGCAGCAUGUAUAGAGUCUCUCAUCUCGUGGGGAGCAGAUGUAGAUUAUGACAUCCCUCAUCUAGGAACACCUCUCUACAUUGCCUGUGUCUCCCAGCAGCUCCAGUGUACACAGAAACUUCUGGAUGGAGGAGCAAAUGUGCAGAAAGGCCGUUUCCUGGAGACACCGCUGCAUGCUGCAACACAGAAGGACUGUCCAGAAAUCAUCAGUGUGCUACUAGACUUUGGCGCUAACAUCAACGCUCGCAACCUGGAGCUACAAAGGCCGAUAGAAACAGCACCACCCAGCAGUGCGGCAGAGGCUGUGCUUCUUCUUUAUGAGGCCAUGCCGCGGUCUCUCUGUCAGCUGUGUAGACUGAGUAUCCGAAACUACAUGGGCCGAUCCAGACUGCAUCUGAUUCCACACCUCAAACUGCCUACUCUGCUCAAGUGUUUCCUCCAGUACAGAUAGGUUCUCUACCUCCAACCAUAAAGCCCCUCCCGCUUUUAUUUCCGUAUAUUAAGUGCAUUAAUACACAAAAUAAGUCACCCAGUCUUGUAUGUGACCACCAACGCACAAAAAGCUAAAUCAUGCUAGCCAUUCAUUUUACUUCUUCUAAGUUACAUUUUUUUAACUGAUAUAUUUUUGUGCAACCAAUGAAUAUCAGUUAUAUUUUUGUAAAUAAUAUCUUAACAAGAGUAAUGUAAAUUAGUAAUUUUUAACCUGCACAUUCUUAUAUAUCAAUAUAAGCUGCAUGCCUAAUAUGAUACACAUUUUGUCACGUCAGGAUAAAAUUAUUUAAGUGCAUGUCAGUAUAGUGAAUUUUAUAUUUUUAUCAAAGUAAUCUAAAAAAAAAAAAAUUCUCAAAAGCUCAACUUUUCAACAGUUUCCCAAGUUAAUUGCAUCCUGAAUUGUUUUGAAAAUAAAACAGAAAACCACUGGAAAGAUUCAAUCUAAUACUUUACUUUGGCUAAACAUUUUGUUGCCAAAACAAAGCAUGAUACACACAGUAACUUGCAUUGAAAUAAAGAAUGAUAUGUUAAAUAUGA